AUUGAUUGGGAAGUUUAAAUGAUCAUAAGGGAUCAAGGCUACCCUGCCCUAAUAACUCUCAAAUUAUCCUAUGAUACAUCAACUAUAAAAAGUUGAGCUAAAAGCUGAGAUGUUGUGAAAAUAAUCGAUCCAAGACAUUAUACAACAUUCUAUUUUGAAUUGAUGAAACUAUCAACCCUCAUGUUUUACUGUCAAAAACACUCAUUGACUGGAAUACACAAAUACAUCAUAUUAUUGUUAUUAUUAUUACUAUAAUACACAACGAAAUGUACUCAGAAAAGUAUCUACAGUCGACUGAUGACGACGGUCAGGUAACAGUUGAGUCGAAAUUGUUGUCUAACCAAGAAUAUACAGCUACUGGUGCAGAUAAUAAUAACAAUAACACUGGUGUCUCUUAUCCGCCAAAUAAUGACAGCACAGAGGAUAAUAGAAAUAAUAGCAAUAUUAAUAAUAAUAAUGAUUUUGUGAGAUCUAUGGAAGAAGGGGAUAAGUGUAGCCUGUCCGUUGGUCUAGUGAAACAAGUGGAUUCUGAUGAUACAGAACUGAUGACGAACGCACCACAAAAGAGGAAUUGGAAGGGGAUACUUCUCGCUUUGCUGGUUAUUGUCUUCAUAUCUUCACUUAUUCUAACAGCGAGUAUACUGACAACACCAAAAGAGAAAAAGAUCGAUUAUGGUCUACCGCUGACAUUUUCUGACCUUGUACAAGUUAAUAAAUUAUUGAACGCUUUCAUUACACAAAGAAUAAACGACCACCUCAUUUAUUUAACAGAAAAACAUGAUUUAAUGAUACUGGACUCAAACACACUGGAAGAAAGACUGCUGUUAUCCCAUCUCACUAUAAUGGAGAAAAGUGCGUUUUCGGGAAUAUUUUCAAUAGCUCCGGAUUUCUCAGCUAUUGCUAUAGCAUAUGAAUUAAAAGAUCGUACACGACGUAGCGGAAAAUCAAAAUAUGACAUUCUUCAUUUAAAUGGCUUGGGAAACGGAACUACAGUUGAAGAACGACUUGAAAUCGGUGUCACAAAUGACGUAAUGGAGCAACCAUAUUUAGAUUUUAUUCAAUGGUCACCAAAAAGUGAUCGUUUGGCUUUUGUCUAUCGAAAAAAUGUUUAUCUUCUUGUGAAUCCAUUCGAUUUAGACAAAAGGAGAAUUAUAAAUGUAACACAUUCCUUACCACAAGAUAAUUGUCUAUACGGAGUAACGACGUGGCUGUAUGAAGAAGAACUUUUUGAUACUAAUAAAGCCUUAUGGUGGAGUAAAACUGGAAAAUAUUUAGUUAUAACUGGAUUUGAUCAAAGAAAUGUUUCUACACAUGAAAUACUUAAAUUCGAUGAUGAAAAUGAAUUGAAGGAUAAAAAUGUGAAAAUUAAAUAUCCUAUGGCUGGUGAAACAUCCCUGUAUAACAAUCCAGUUGCUACUCUUUACUUAUUCGACAGUGAAGGACAAAACUAUCAAAUAAUUCCUCGACCACACCUGGUUCCUUGGGAUGCAUUGCUGGUGUUGACACGUUGGAUGAAUGAUGACAUUUUCAUUCAUGCAUGGACAAAUCGUAUACAAAAUCGUGGCUGGAUAUGCGUUUUCAGUAGAACACUGAAUGAAAGUUGGGUUAUAUAUAAAACUGCUUAUGACAAUGGAUGGGUCAAUCUGAUGAAGCAAGUUCAUAUUGAACCGUUGAUAAACGAGGAGAGACAAGAAAUGUUAAUUAUACUACCAAGAGAUUAUUCUGAAAAAGCCUACAGAGGUAUAGCUAAACUAAGAAUUCCUUUGAAACCCGAAGCUCCACAAUCGCCAAAAUGGAUAGUUACACCAGAGUUUGAUGUAAGGGAUAUAUUACAUUAUGAUGGUGUUGACGAAGUACUAUUCCUUGGAACAGGUCCAGAUCCAAAACAUUCACAUUUAUACUGGACCUUAUUAUCAGAUAGUGAGAACAUAUUAUGCCUUACAUGUGAUAAUGUCAACUACACCUUCAAUGUGAUAGAUGUUUUUCCCAAUGGACAGUACUUCAUACAAGAUGUACGUGGUUCAAGUGUACCGAAGACAAUGCUGAAACGGAUAGAUAGAAAUUUAUCAGCAACAGAUAAUUCAACAGUAUCAACAACAUUCAUAAAAUAUUUUGUACAAAAUGAACAAUUUGAAACAUUUGUCAAAACACAUGCACUACCACGUACUGAAUAUACAAAGUUGGUACUGCGUCAAGGGACAAGACAUCAGAUAGAAGUUGAAGCUAAAUUACUGCUCCCACCAGAACUUGAUCCAGCACAUAUUACACAAUAUCCACUGUUACUAUACACCUAUGGAGGUCCGACAAAUCAGGUGGUCAGUACAAAAUUUGUAAUCGAUUGGAUGACAUAUAUAUCAGCAACUGCAAAAGUUAUCGUUGCUGUCGUUGAUGGUCGUGGUACAUCAGGUCGUGGAAGAGUUUAUGAGCAUUCCAUUUAUAAGAAACUUGGUUUAGUUGAAGUUGAAGACCAGUUGGAUAGUGUUAAAGCCUUAAUUCGACGCUAUCAUUACAUAAACGAAAGUCAAGUCGGUGCUUAUGGUUGGUCUUACGGUGGAUUCACUGUUGGCCAUCUACUCACCAGACCAGAGAAUGAAUGGAUACGAUGUGGGAUUUCAGUUGCUCCAGUUACAGAUUUCCGAUAUUAUUCAACUGUAUAUACUGAAAGAUAUCUGGGCAGAUUCAUUGACGAUCCAGAUGCGUAUGCACGUACAGCUAUUAGAAAUGUUAAGAAUUUAGCCAACAAGGGAUAUUUACUGGUUCAUGGAACUGCUGACGAUAAUGUCCACUUGGUUAACACAGCUAGACUGAUAAAAGAUCUGAUUGCUGCAAGUGUUGAUGUCGAUGUUAUGAUUUAUCCGGAUGACAAUCAUUUCCUGUCCAAAGGAAGAAAUCUUGAACAUCUCUAUCGUAAAAUGACAAUAUUUCUACUCGAUUGUUUCAAUAAAACCUCAGUGAAAUAUUCAUUAGAUUUAUCAGUUAAAGAUGAUCUGUAA